AUGAAUGAAACAAAAAGAAUUAUUGUUGAAUUCGGUGCACGACGUCAACAAUUUACAUUAACUGAUCAUCGAGUAUCAACAUCAGCACUUCGUUAUUUAACUGGUAAUCAUUUUGAUAUUGAAUUUGAUAAUAAUUCUAUAUAUACAUUACAAAUGUAUAAUAAUAUAUCUUGUGAAUAUAAUACUCUCGAUGAUGAUCAACAAAUAUUUGAUACAAUUAAAGAUAUAGUACCAUUUCAUCGAUUUCGAAUUAUUAAAAAAUCUUUACAGUUACAAAAAUAUCAUCUCAUAAAGAAUCUUCAAUCAACAGUUGACAAACUUCAUAGUGCAACAAAUGAUAUUGAUAAUAUUCAAAAUUUGUUCGGUAGACUAAAUCAAAACUGUGAUGUUCUCAAUCAAUUGAUGGAUAUUCAUGGUUUAAAAUCAUCUGCUGACCAAUCUACGUAUCUUCUCGAUCCUUCAACGAUGAAAAAAGAUAUCGAUCUGAUAAAGCCAAUAGAUGAUCAAGAUGAUGAAGAAAUUUUUGAAAGUGUUUCAUGUUAUGAUACUAUACCACCGGUUAAUAUCGACUAUACACCAGCACCAAUUCCAUCUGUUAUCAAUGUGAAUAAACCAGCAUCAUUUACGACAGAUAAUAAUAUUCAAACACGUAUCAUUCCAUGUAAAUAUGCAGUUCGAGGUACUUGUCAUUUUGGUGAUAAAUGUUUGUAUUUACAUGAUGAAACAUGUAUUCAAUCAGCUCGUGAAUGGGAACGACGUUUGUAA